CCUGGCAGAGAGGUGUCAUCGCAAUGGCUUCAUUCUGUCAACAUUGUAACUGUGUGUCCCGGUGAGCAGGAGGUCUGUACUUCCGGCCUGCUAGCCCAGCCACUAGCUGAAGAAUGCCGAGUACUGUGCUGUGGACAGUGGAUGUUUGGGGGAAAGUGUACACUUUGUCUACCGAUGGACAGCACUGGGAUAUGUGCAAAGAUAGCCAACUGCAAUUCAAAAGGGUGUCUGCUGUACGGCAGUGCUGUUGGGGAAUCGCUGGUAAUCAUCAGCUGUAUGUCUAUGUUCAUUCCAGCGAUCUUCCCAUACGAUAUCAAGAAGAAACCUAUGAGAAUCAGCGUUGGAAUCCUGUGGAUGGUUUUUGUGAUAAGCUGCUUCCCAGUGAUCGUUGGCAGUGGAGUGAUGUCACUGGCUUGAAGCACCAACAGCUCAAAAGUUUCGAACUUCCCUCACAGCACUGGGAUUGGGAAUCUGAUUGGUAUGUGGAUGAAAAUAUAGGAGGAGAACCCACAGAGAAAGGGGGCUGGACAUACGCUUUAGAUUUUCCAGCAACAUACACCAAGGAUAAAAAGUGGAAUUCUUGUGUACGCCGUAGAAGAUGGAUACGGUAUAGAAGGUAUACUUCAAGGAACAUCUGGGCAAAGAUCCAGUCACACGAAGAUAAAAAGCAGUUACCUGACCCAUUUAAUGAUAUUUCAGUUGGAGGAUGGGAAGUCACAGAUGAGCCUUUUGGCCGAUUGUCAGUCUGGACGGUUUCUUUGCAGGGGAAGGUUUGGUAUAGAGAAGAUAUUUGCCAUGACAACCCAGAGGGAUCUUCCUGGACUGAAAUUGGUACCCCUAGUGAGGUUAUACAGAUUUGCUGUGGUCCUAAUGAUCUCCUUUGGGCAUCACUCUGGGAAGGUCAAGCCAUAGUAAGGGAAGGCAUCUGCAGAAAUAACCCGAAAGGAGUUUCCUGGAAUACUGUGGAGGCGCCAACUCCCGAGGAUGGCAUUAUGCACGUUUCCGUCGGUGUAAAUGUUGUGUGGGCAGUAACCAAGGAGCGAAAAGUUUGGUUUAGAAGAGGGGUGAACUCUCACAACCCAUGUGGCACAAGCUGGAUUGAGAUGGUGGGAGAAAUGGCCAUGCUAUCUGUGGGAUUAAAUGACCAGGUCUGGGGUAUAGGAUAUGAGGACCGAGCAGUUUAUUUUCGUCAGGGUGUGACCCCAAAUGAACUUAGUGGAAAAACAUGGAAAGCAAUUGUGGUACCCAUUAAAAAUGAAAGGUCAAACUCUGGAAGCGCUUCCAGUCUUCUCAGUGCAGGUUGUUUUUUUGGUGAUGAAGUGAAGGAACAAUCCGAUUCGCCAUUCCAGUCUGACAUAGACAGUUCCUCAGAGUCUGAACAUCCAUUCAUGAGAGAUGUCUCCAGUGCGUCUUCAUCAGUAAACGUUCUAGUGGGCGAGAACUCAGAGACUGAGACUGACAAACCAAAUGUAACACUGGGCCUCCCAGAACAAGCCAUACCCAGCCCUGAGCAGGCUUCUUCUGAUCCAAAAACAUCCUCCAUAAACACACAGAAAAAAGGACCACAUUGGAGUAGUAUCGACUUGGUAGAGGCUGUUAAUCCAUUUCAAGCAUCUGAUGAAAUACCACACCUCCCUCUACUUGGCCGUUUCACUGAAGGAGCAGAAGAAGCAUUUGGGAGCGAUGCAUAUGCUUUGUGGUCCUGGGUGUCUGGCAAUGGCUGUCUUGUUGACUCAUUUAGCCCCCUGAAAUGGUUCACUCGACAGACAGGUUUGCUAGCAUCAAUGCAAUCAAUGUCUUUAUCCAUUACUCCGGCUCACACAGCAGUCUGGCGGAAACAGAUAUAUGAACAACUCAGCGAACGGUCCAGACGUGAGCUUGAAAGCUUCCGGCACUAUGAACAAGCUGUAGAGCAGUCUGUAUGGGUUAAAACAGGAACCUUGCAAUGGUGGAGGGACUGGAAGCCACACAAGUGGAUUGAUGUCCGUGUGGCGCUUGAACAGUGUACCGGGACUGAUGGUUCCACGGACAGCAUACUCUUUAUUUACUACACACACUACGAAGAGAAGAAGUACAUUCACGUGUUUCUUAAUGAAGUUAUGAUUUUGGUGCCUGUACUAAGUGAUAAUAAACACUCCUUUGGCAUCUAUACCCCUGAGAGGAUAAAGCAAAGAUGGCCUGUUCGACUGGCAGCUUCCACCGAAGAAGAAAUGAAUGACUGGCUUGUCCUUUUGAAUAUGUCCUGCUGUGAGAGUAGAAAAAUACAGGGCUCCCCAAGUGCACAGGCAAUUUGGUCUGUUACUUGCAAAGGGGAUAUAUUUGUGAGUGAGCCAACUGCAGAAUUGGAAUCUCCAACUAACUAUAGGUCAUGUGACCAAAUGUUCUGGUGUCAGAUCGGAGGACAUCUCAGAAUGGUGGAAAGUAGCAGCAGUGGAGUAGUGUGGGGCAUUGGCCAUGAUUACACUGCAUGGGUUUAUACUGGAGGAUACGGCGGAGGAUUCCAACAAGGAAUAGCCAGCAGCACAGAAAAUAUAUUUCCUCAGACUGAUACAAAAUGUGUCUAUAUCUAUGAAAAUCAGAGAUGGAAUCCCAUCAGCGGAUACAGCAGUAUUGGACUGUUAACAGACAGAUAUAUGUGGAGUGAUGCAACUGGAUUACAAGAGUGUACAAAAGUCGGUACGAAGCCACCGUCCCCACAGUGGUCAUGGGUCUCAGACUGGUAUAUAGAUUUUAAUAUUGCCAAUGGAUCAGAUCGAGAAGGGUGGCAAUAUGCAGCAGACUUCCCAGCGUCCUAUCACGGGUACAAGACCAUUAAGGAUUUUGUUCGACGAAGACGGUGGGCAAGAAAAUGCAAAAUUGUUACAACUGGACCUUGGUGUGAAGUUCCUCCCAUCUCCUUGUGGGAUGUCUCUAUAUUAUCGAGCAGAGGAACAGCUGAUGACGAAUCCAUAGCUCUGUGGGCAAUAAGCAAUAAAGGAGACGUUUUAUGCAGAGUUGGCGUCACAAAAAAGUGCCAUGAGGGUUCCUCGUGGCUCCACGUUGGCACAGACCAACCAUUCAUUUCCAUUUCAAUAGGAGGGUGUCACCAGGUGUGGGCCAUAGCCAGGGAUGGAUCUGCAUUCUACCGGGGUUCUGUGUCCACCGAUCACCCUGCUGGUGAUUGCUGGUACCAUAUUCCUUCACCCAAAAAACAGAAGCUACGGCAGGUCUCCGUAGGGCAGACAUCAGUGUUUGCUGUGGAUGAAAACAAUAACUUAUGGUUUCGACAAGGAAUUACUCCAAGCUACCCUCAAGGAUCUUCCUGGGAGCAUGUCUCCAACAAUGUCCGUAAGGUGUCAGUAGGACCCCUUGAUCAGGUUUGGGUAAUUGCUGACAAAGUUCAAGGCAGCCAUAGUCUGAGCUGUGGGACGGUCUGUCACCGCUUAGGGGUACAGCCAAUGGAACCAAGGGGACAUUCUUGGGACUAUGGCAUUGGGGGAGGCUGGGAACAUGUUAGCGUAAGAGGAAACAUGACUUGUAAUAGCACACAGCCUGAAAAACACACCACUCAAUCUGUGAAUCCACCUGAAGAAAACCAUGAAGGAAGUCCCUUCAUGUCUGCAGCAACCUGCUAAAAGUUUGCCAUUUAGAUGUUUGGAUAUACAAUGGUGAGACGUUUGUAGUCCUUGGCUAGCAAAGGCAGACAUCUUAAUUAUUUUUUUGACUACUGCAUCUACAAAAUCAGAACAGGUCUAUUUUGUAGUAUUUUAAAGAUGUAAACUGUGAAUUCUUUAUUUUUCUUUUACCUUAUGAAUUUUGAUACAUUUUACCUCGUAUAAUUCCAGUUAUCCACUACCAGUAAAAUGCUUCUUU